CCGCUGCAGAGGGAUCAGCAGCAGCCGCAGUGGCCGGGAGAGAGACAGCCAGCAGCUGGGACAGCUGAGAGGGAACAGCAGGCAGACGCGCACAGGAGGCAGCAGGCAUGCAUGGGUAGCUGGGCAGCCCGGGCGGAAAUGGAGGAUGACUUUGUAGUGGCGCUGCCAAAACAGGCCGCAGCGGCUGCCGCCAAAAGCGAGAGCGCGCCGGCGGCCGGCCGGCCGGCCAAGGCCGCGCCAGACCCAGCUCGCAACGCCGGGAACAGUGCACCCGCCGGCAAUGCUGCGCAGAUGCCUCCACGGGUGGAGCCCAAUGCAUCUGCGAGCGCAAGAGCGCUGCCUGCGUCCAUGGCGGGACCAAGUGCAUCAGUGGGGGGCCAGCCGAAGGCCGGGGAGGGCCCUGUGACGAGGGCAGUGCUGAAGAUCGGCCCCGGCAGCUGCCUGGAAGUCAGCAUAUCCAACCAUGCGGGGCUCGUGGCCGCACUGAAGCAGGUGGGCGAGGGUGCGUUUAGUCACAAUGCGGGCGGCCAGAGCGUGUGGCGUUUCCCCCUGCCCAAGCGGCCGGCCGUGGCCAAGGCGCUGGAGGCCGCGCGCGGAGUGCGCUGCAGCGUUGAAGACCUCCACCCCGUCCCCAGAGCAUUUCUGGAGGCCGCGAGCGCGCUGCCGGACGAGAGCGCCUGUUACGGGCGCAUCCCUGCCAAGCUGGAGGGCCGUCUGAUGGCGUUCCAGAGAGACGGCGUCCGAUUCGCGCUGCGCCACGGCGGCCGCGCCCUCAUCGGGGAUGAGAUGGGCCUCGGCAAAACCGUGCAGGCUCUGGCGCUGAUGGCGGCAUUCAGGGACGAGUGGCCCUGCCUCAUCAUCGUGCCAUCCUCCCUCAGAGAACAAUGGGUAGAUGCGUUGGUGGAGUGGUUGGGAAUAACAGAGGAGCAGGUGCACGUGACAAAUACGCGCAAGGACACCGAUCUCACCGGGCGCAAGUAUCAGUGCCUCAUUGCCUCCUACAACUUCCUGGGCAACCUCGAGGCAAACGACCGCGACCUGGACUUCCGCGUAGUCAUCAUGGACGAGGCGCAUUACAUCAAGAACAAAAAGUCGGGGCGCUCUCAGGACGCGAAGCCAUUCGUGCAGAAGGCUAAGCGAGCCAUUUUGCUGUCCGGCACACCGGCCAGCGCACGCCCCAGAGAGCUCUUCCCGCUGAUAGACUGCCUGCUGCCGGCGUCCAAGGUGAGCUUCACCAAGUUUGGGGAGCGCUACUGCCUCACCCAGAACCACUUCCCCCGAGGCCAGUCCUUCUACAGCAACAAAUACGACGGUGCGACAGAGACAGAAGAGCUGUAUCAUGUGCUGACAUCCUGCAUCAUGAUCCGGCGGCUGAAAAAAGACGUCCUCUCGCAGCUGCCUCCCAAACGCCGCACCCAGGUGUUCCUGCAGCUGGACGCGGAAGCCAAGAAGCAGCUGGAAGCCAUGCAGAAGGAGAUCGGCGCAGUAAAGGCGGCGGUAGCUGCCGCGAAGACGGACGCCAGCCUGGACUCAUUUGGCGGCGGCACCGUCAAACGCACCAUCCUGGACCUCUACUACCGCAACGCCAAGCUCAAGGUGAAGGCGGUUCAGGAGUACCUCAAGGAGCUGCUGGAGACGACUGACCAGAAGCUGCUGGUCUUUGCGCACCACAAAGACAUGCUGGAUGGCAUCGAGUUCAUCAUGAACAAGACAAAGCAGCGGUACAUGCGGAUUGACGGCAGUGUGAAGACGAGUGCACGCGCGGAUCUGGUCAACGAUUUCCAGAACAAUCGCGACAUCCGCGCAGCAGUGCUCUCCAUCCAGGCCGCCGGCACCGGCCUCACGCUCACGGGGGCAUCGGUUGUUGUAUUUGCGGAGUACACUUGGACGCCGGGGGACCUCGUUCAGGCGGAGGAUCGCGCGCACCGCAUCGGGCAGGCCACGAGCGUCAACAUCUACAUGCUGCAUGCGCGCGGGUCCGUCGAUGACGUCAUCUGGGCCAAGCUGCAGUCCAAGCUCGAGCACGUCGGCCAGGCGCGGCCCCUUUAG